AAUCCAAGUGCCAAUCCCUCCCAGCCCAGCUUUUUGGGAUUAAUUUAACAAUUUUACCUUAGUUAAGAAGUUGGUUUAGUUAGUUUUAGACGUUUUAGUUUAGUUAGUUCAGUUGAACUUUUGUAUUCGGUGAUAUCUGACGCGUCCUCUUUUAGCUCUCGUUCAUCGCCGACGGCUUACUUUUCUCAGAGUUUACAUUUGUUUGUGUCAAGUGUCCAUAAACGCAAUCGCAGUGAUAAAAAGAAAUUGUAAACAUAUUCCGUUCGUUUUUAUUUCGUAAAAAUCUGGAAGUCUUGUAUGUUUUAUUUUGGAUAAACAGUUGUUUUGUUAAUUAGAUCAGCAACUCGUCUUUCGGAAUUUCAUUAUGCCUGAAUUAACAUCUCCCAUUACAAGCUUUUAUGCUGGACGUAAUGUUUUUAUCACCGGUGCCACUGGAUUUGUUGGAGUUUGCCUGAUUGAAAAAAUCCUUCGAGAUUUGCCAAACAUUGGUAAACUAUACUUAUUAAUGCGCCCAAAAAAAGGAAAGUCAAUUGAACAACGACUUAAGGAUUUGGAAAAAAAUUCAGUUUUUGAUAAACUGAAUGAAGGUGACGCCAGCUCUUUGUUUUCAAAAUUAGUGCCAAUAAGUGGAGAUGUUGGAGAAGAAAAUCUUGGAAUAUCCAAAGAAGAUCAGGAGCUUUUAGCUCAAAACGUCAGUGUCGUCUUCCACUCUGCCGCCACGCUAGACUUCUUUCAAUCUUUAAAAGAGACCACAAACAUUAAUUUGUUAGGUACCCGUCGUGUUAUGGAAUUGUGCAAAAAACUUCCAAAACUGGAGGCUCUUGUUCACGUAUCUAGUGCUUUUGUGAAUUCGUUCCUACUUGAUACUGAAGAAAUUCUUUAUCCGGCUCCAGACGAUCCAGAAAAGAUAAUUCAUUUGGCACAAACAUUAAGCGAUGAAGCUUUGAAAGAACUGGAACCAAAGCUUUUAAAGGAUCAUCCUAAUACUUAUACUUUUACAAAACAUUUGGCUGAACAUGAGGUUGACAAAUCCGCUAAGAGCUUUCCAUGUGGCAUCGUUAGACCGAGCAUGAUUACGGCUGCAUGGAAGCAACCUGUUCCCGGUUGGACAAUUUCGAAAAAUGGGCCCCAAGGAUUUUUCAUGGGUGCGUCAAAAGGUGUUAUUCGCCGUUUGCCUCUAGAUCCAUCAUUGAUUAUGGACUACAUCCCUGUUGAUGUUGUAGUCAACCAGAUACUGGUCACUGGAUACUAUGUCAAUAGUCUCAAAGUUAAAAAUAGUGGAACACCAGGUGAUUUACAAAUUUUCCAUUGUACCUCAAGUACUUACAAACCGUUCCGUUUCGAGUCAUUAGCUGAUAAGAUGAAUAUGUAUAUGCACAAGUAUCCAUUAAAAUCUGCUGUUUGGUAUCCCAAUUUAAAGCUUGUGAAAAGCCUCUUCCUCUUCAGGAUAGCUGCUAUAUUUUUCCAUUUUUUGCCCGGAUAUAUUUUGGAUUUCGUUACAAAACUUGGUGGCGGAAGACCUAUAUUAGUUCGACUUCACACAAAUGUUUGGAAUUCGCUCAACACCCUGGAACGUUUUAUUUUCACCGAAUGGCAUUAUGACAACAAGAAAACAUUACAAUUAGCCAAAGGUCUUGAUCCUAAGGACCAAGAAGUAUUCUUUAUUGACAUUGGCGAGCUUAAAUGGGAAGACUACUUCCACAAUAUGCUCUUGGGUGUUCGUCAAUAUUUGAACAAAGAAUCUCCAAAGAAUCUUGAAGCUGCCCGAAAGAAGGAAAAGAUUUUGUUGGGUCUUCAUGUGCUCUUGCAGUGUUUAUUCUAUUUAGGAGUUUGGAAGCUAAUAGGAUUUGCAUUUGGACUGUCCAAUGCUAAGGCCGCCCUCUUACUCCCGGUUGUUUAUGCCCUGUUUGGCAUUUUGUAGAUUACUUUUGUGAAGUAUUCGAAAAAAAUGGUGGUAAAGUUUCGUAAAAAAGAAGUAAAAAUAAAACAACUACAUAGUUAACUUUGGAUAAUAUUUAUUAAAUAUGAUGUACUCGUAUAAUUUAAGCGGUUUGGAAUGCAAAAUAAUUGUAGUUUUUUAACAUCCAAUAAAACUUAUUAAAACUAAA